AUGGCGGAAACCCAACACACCCAGCUCGUGUGCUACACUUUGCUCUGCAUCCUUGUCAUGGCCAUACUCGUCAAGCUCAAGCACAUGCGAGCCUCUGCUAGCCGCCUGAACCUGCCUCCCGGCCCAUGGGUGCUGCCGGUGAUCGGCCACAUGCACCUGCUGCUCGGCGCCAUUCCGUACCAGGCCAUGCACAGGCUCGCUCGUCAGCACGGCCCCGUCAUGCUUCUCCGCCUUGGCCACGUCCCGACGCUCGUGCUCUCCUCCGCGGAGGCGGCCAGGGAGGUCAUGAAGGUGCACGACGCCGCCUUCGCCGACCGCCCCGUGUAUGCCACGGCAGAUAUCUUCACCUACGGCGGCGAGGACAUCUCCUUCGCGCGCCACGACAGCCGGCACUGGAAGGCCCUCCGGAAGCUCUGCGCCGUGGAGCUGCUGAGCCCGAGGCGCGUCCGGUCGUUCCGCCAUGUCCGGGAGGAGGAGGCGGCGAGGCUUGUGCUGUCCGUCGCCGGCGCCGGUCGCAUCGUCAACGUCGGUGACAUGCUAAAGGUAAUGAUGAACGACGUGGUCAUGAGGGCGUCCGUGGGCGACAGGUGCGUGCAGCGGGACGCGUACCUGGAGGAGCUGGACAGGGUGUUGGACCUCAUGUCCGGGUUUAACCUCAUCGACCUGUUCCCGGCGUCGCGCCUCGCCCGGGCGAUCGGUGGCCGGGCUCUCGGGGCGACGUGGGAGGUACACCGGAGGAUCCACUCCAUCAUGGACGCCAUGAUCAGCGAUCACAGAACGGCUAUGGAGGGCGAGGACGACAAUGAUGCCGGAUGUGAGCAGAGGGGUGACAUACUCACUACUCUGCUCCGGUUCCAGAUGGACGGCGGGAUUGGCGGCGUCGCCCUCACCAAUGAAAACAUCAGCGGCGUCCUCUUUGAUCUUUUCGCUGCAGGGUCGGAGACGACAGCCACGACAACAAUCUGGGCAAUGUCUGAGCUGAUGAGGAGCCCACACAUAAUGGCCGCCGCUCAGUCCGAAGUCCGGCGAGUCCUCCAUGGCAAGACCGAGGUGACUGAGGCCGACAUCGACGGCCGGCUCCACUACCUACAAAUGGUCAUCAAGGAGACCUUUAGGUUGCAUCCACCGGUGCCGCUACUCAUGCCGAGGCUUUGCACUGAGCAAACAAAGGUCAUGGGCUAUGAUAUUCCACAGGGCACCACUGUAUUCGUGAAUGUGUCGGCAAUCGGUAGGGACGAGAAGAGCUGGACUAACGCGAGCGAGUUCAUGCCCAAGAGGUUUGACGGUGAAAAGGUUGAUUAUGGUGGUACGGACUUUAGGUUCCUCCCAGGUGGCGCUGGACGGAGAAUGUGCCCCGGUAUGAUGUUUGGAGUGUCAAACAUCGAAAUGGCUCUUGCAAGCCUUCUCUAUCACUUCGACUGGAAGCUUCCUGAAGGUGGGAACCCAGAGACGCUUGAUAUGAGUGAAGCGUAUGGGAUCACGGCUCGUCGUAGGACCGAGCUUGUGUUGGAAGCUACUGUUUUUGUUCCUUAA